CCCGCAUGCAGGUCUGUCAUAUCGGUGUUAAGUCGAAGAGCUUCGAGUAAAUAGUUUUCUUCACUUAUUAACCACAGUUUGUUCCCUUUUUAAAUGUUUGUCUCUGUGAAGCAUAUAAAUGAUUAGAGGAUAGCUUCUAGGUAUAAAUAUCCGAAUACCUACGUUACAACUGCCGGCUUAAUCAAUUUUCGUCAUGCACAAGCUCAUUCAAUCACUGGCCCAAACCAUCUAUAGUUUCGAUGCCGCUGCCAUCCACAGUUGCAACACUAAUCCCCCCAUUAAUUACGACUACAAGAAAUUCUCUGAUAAAUGCCUAUUGCCUAUCAAAUUCAAGGGGUUUCCAUUACAGUGCCGUUUAGAUGACUUUCCCGUGGAAGUGCUAGCUAAAAUUGCCAAUCAGCUCCUGCAACAUGAUUGUUUGUCAAUAAUGUAUACCUGCAAACUUCUAUACAAUGUGGGUAUAGCUCACUUGUAUCAAUCUGUUAUCAUUGACAAAUCCUAUUCCCGAUUUAACCACGAAAAACAUGCACAGAUAUUUUCUCAUCCUAACCGUAGCGCAUUGGGUAGUACAUACAUUCGCACUUUCUCCAAUUUUAUUGCGUUUCUCAAACACGUCUCUGAAGCACCUUACUUGAGGUCUCUAAUAAAGCGUUUCAGGUGCAUAACUUUACCUGAUAACACUUUCCCGCUUAUGUUUCCCAUCCGCCACGUGGUGAAGAGCUCGCUUCAAUCCUUCUUCGCGCAACUCCCAACGCUCAACGAGCUUGUCUGGUUAGACGUGUCCAGUGGAGCCCCAGAAAUUAUAAAGUUUACCAGUUUAAUGAACGUGGAAAAUAAGCUCUCUUUGCAGAGUAUAGCCGUGGAUUUAAGCAUGUGGGAUAUCACUGCCAAAAGCGGUAUACAGCAUCAAAACCCCGUGUGCAACUUCCUCAACUUACGUAACUUGGCUCUUUUUCCCAUUUCCAAUUCACAGUACUUGGCAAAGCUUGUUAAAAUAUUUGUUAGUGGAACCAUGGAGGGUGAAAUAUAUGUCAACAGACGAUUAAAGUCUCUCGGAGUGGCGCGGUUGCCGCGUGAAAAUAAGAUCUUGAAGCCACCCAGUUCCCUGUUAAUCCUUACAUCACCAGCAGUAACCACGCUUGAUUUGGACGUGGUCCAUUCUCUUUCUUCCGUUCAAGUGAAUGGCAAGAAGUUAAAUAUCCGCUACUCUGAGUUAAACCACCUUUCGCUUUCUCACUGUUUCUUGGUUCCCGGUGACUUCCCUAGAUUGAAUCUGAUUGUGAAUCUAAGAAAUCUUACACGAUUAGAGUUCAUACGCAUCAGUGAGGUGCAAAUUAUCCCCCACGGGCGCAUCGGACACGGGACGAAGGCGUUAUUAGCACCGAGUUUGAUCGUACAGUUGGCACCUUUGCUUCUCAAUUUAGAAGUACUUCAUCUUGAUUACAGAGAGUGUAUGGCCGACACAGUACCAGAGUUUCUUUCUUUGUUAACCAGUCCAAAAUUGCGAGAACUCGACAUAACUGUUAGGUGGAACCAGUCUAAAUUGAGCUCUUACAGUUCUUGGCAAGACCUAUGCGCUCUCUACUUGGAAAGAAUAUCCCUCUUUAAAGGUUCCCUCACUAAGCUUUCCAUUAGUGCCAAGGAAGAAAAUCUGUUUGGAGACUUGGGGAAGCAGUUUCCUGAGGGGCUCCUAGAGACGUUUCUUCCACGCUUGCAAAACUUGGUCUCUCUUCGCGUGGAUUCUGAGAAAAGACUCCCAGCGGAUGUGGAGCGUACGUUGUCGGUACUACCAAAUCUACAAUUUCUUGAUCUACAGGGCUCAGGAUCGGAUGGGGCCCCUCACAUGGCGUUUCAGGUGGUGCAUUCGGGGAUCUUAGAUAGCUGGUUAAAGGUGGAGCCACUUGUGUUGAAGUAUUUGAAGGCAAGUAGAGCCCACGCUGAUAGUAAAUUGAGAUAUGUGAGGCUUGGCGGGAGCUUAUUUGAGGUGGAAAAAGGAGGGAUUCGUCCCCGUGAAGGUAUAGAUGCUUGGUUCAAUGAGCAGGUGAGAGUUGGAGACAACUUUUGAUUCCAUCCUUUUAUAUAGCGUGAUUGAGGAUACUACAAUACUAGCUUAAUGUUUAUAAGUACACCCGAUUUGACUCCGA